GGAAAAAGAAAGGGAAAUAAGAAAACCCAAAACCCUAACCCAAAAUUACGCAGGAUUGAGAGUAGUUGAACACUACAGCUUCUUGGCCACGUUCUCAAGUUUCACUAAAGGAUUAAAAAUGAUAAAGAGGAGAUUCUACAGGCAUGAACAUGGUGAUAAUGACAAUGCCUCAGAUUCAUCUGUAUCAUCAUCUGAUUCUGAACCAGAAGUAGACGGUGCAGAAGAAUCACAGGAUGACGUAGAAGUUCAAGAAGAUGAUGAAUCCUGCUCUACCUCAUCUGGGUAUGAAAGCGAGGAUAGCUCUGUUAAUGAAGUUGAUAUUGACUCGUCAGGUCUUCCAAGUAUUGAAGAGGAUCCUGAACUUGGAAAAGAAAGUCUAAUUCUUACUGGAAGUCCGGUACCUGAUGAAACCCCUUUGGGUACACCAUUACCUGAUGAAAGCUCUUUGGGAACACUGGAUCCUCAGUCAGACAUCUUAUCCAUGAAGGAAUCACUACCAGAAGAUAUUCCAGCGUGUAUUCUGAAAUGCAAAUCAGUUUUUAAGUGUAGGUUAUGCCCUAGAGUUGUCUGUUUGAAUGAGGAGACAUUAAAGGCUCAUCUUAAAUCCAAGAGACACGCUCGUUCUGAGAAAUUACUAAAUGAAGGCAGGCUGAAAAUUAUGCUCAACAACAAUGGAGAGAUUGAAAAUCCUGAAAAUUCUACCGAGUCACCUCCUCGACUGCCUGCUUUUCCACCGGAACAUCGUAGAAAGAAAAAAAAGUCGAAACAAAGUUAUGGAUCACAGGCAAAGAGUUCAAACAAGAAAGAAAAGAAGCGUUUGAAUGGUGGUCAAAUGAGGGGAUCAACAAAGAACCUAGUGAAGAAAAGACGCAAAAUUGAGUAAGUGAGCAUCGAUGGCACUUCGCUUCCUGCGUCUGUUGUAGCUGAAUCAUAUAGUUUUCUGAAACAAAAAUCGGUUUUGGAACCCAACUACAGUGAUAUGCUUCUGUUUCCAUUUAUCUCUUGUUGUGGUAGUGAAAGGGUAUUACACUUCCCUUUUUAAUCUUCUGUUGUAACUUCUUGUUUAGUUCAUUUUUCUUUUCUUUUAAAACUUAUGACAAAAUGAAAUCUGCAAGGUCACUUUUGUAAGGGUGUUUGCUCACAAAUUCUGGUAAGAUGAAAUUUUUGUUAUGAUAGAGAUUGAGACACCAUCGUUGGCUUA